AUGGCUACAAAUAAUAUGCAUAAUUUGACGACGCUCAUAAAACGACUCGAAGCCGCGACCUCACGCUUAGAAGAUAUAGCCUCAUCAACUAUUCCCCCUCCCAGUACUCCCAAAACAAAUGGUACAACAAGCGUCGCAUCUCCUACCGUACAAGCCGCUACUCCUACAGUUGUAGCCCCGACUAUUCAAACCAUUAUCGAAGAUCCAGUUCCUGAAUCAAUCAGCGAAUUCGAUGCUCUAAUUCAGGGGCCUGUGAAGAAAUAUGUUAAUCUUAGUGAUGAGAUUGGUGGGGUCGUUGCGGAACAGGCAUCCGGUGUAUUGAAAGCAUUUGUCGGGCAGCGAAGAUACAUUUUAAUUACCACGAAGUCGAAGAAACCCGCUAUGCAAGAUGAACCAUUCAAAAAACUCAUCAAACCUACUCAAGAUUCAUUCUCUGCUGUUGACAAAAUUCGAAAGUCUAAUCGUGAUUCACCGUAUUUCAUUAAUCUCAGUGUUGUUUCGGAAAGUAUUGGUGUACUUGCUUGGGUUACAAUGGAUAAUAAACCAUAUAAACAUGUUGAUGAAUCAUUGGCAUCGGCUCAAUACUUUGGAAAUAGAUUAUUGAAGGAAUUCAAGGAGAAAGAUCCCAAACAAGUUGAAUGGCUUCAAGCAUUUUAUCAAAUCUUCAAAGAACUUAGCGAAUAUGCUAAGAAUAACUACCCAAAUGGUAUUCCGUGGAAUCCGAAGGGAGCAGAUUUAGAAGAUGCUAUCAACGAAGUAGAUUCGAACGCUCCAGCCCCUCCUGCUCCUCACCCAACAGCGACUAGUGGAGGAGCCGCGGCACCACCACCACCUCCUCCUCCUCCUCCUCCACCAGUUUUCGACGACAUUCCAACAAAAUCUGCACCAAAGCCAGGAGAUGCAAGUGCUGGACUAGGAGCUGUUUUCUCUGAGUUGAAUAAGGGAGCAGAUGUUACGAAGGGAUUGCGCAAAGUCAAUGCUGAACAAAUGACACAUAAGAAUCCAUCUUUAAGAGCAGGUGCUACUGUUCCUACUAGAAGUGAUAGUCAAUCUAGUAUUAGUUCGAACCGUGGAAAGAGUCCUGCUCCUGGUAAGAAACCUAAGCCAGAGAGUAUGAGAACUAAGAAACCUCCUGUUAAGAAGUUGGAGGGUAACAAGUGGUUUAUUGAGAACUACGAAAAUGAAUCAUCGCCAAUUGAAAUCGAAGCUUCAAUUUCGCAUUCGAUCCUCAUUUCCCGUUGCUCAAAAACUACAAUCAUGAUUAAAGGAAAAGCAAACGCCAUUUCCAUUGAUAAUUCCCCUCGUCUUUCCCUAAUUAUCGAGAGUCUCGUUUCAUCAAUUGAUGUUAUUAAAGCACAAAGUUUUGCGCUUCAGGUAUUGGGGACAUUGCCAACAAUUAUGAUGGAUCAGGUUGAUGGUGCACAAAUUUACCUUGGGAAGGAAAGUUUGAACACGGAAGUUUUCACGAGUAAAUGUAGUAGUGUUAAUGUACUAUUACCGGAUCUGGAAAGUGAAGAGGGUGAGGGUGAUUACAAGGAGGUGCCAUUGCCGGAGCAAUUGAGGACUUGGAUUGAAGAUGGGAAGGUUAGAAGUGAGAUUGUGGAACAUGCCGGUUAG